UAGGACAACACAGGCGUCCUCAGUUGUCGAGUGUACCAUCAUGGGGCAGCAGCUGUAGCUCCCCCACACCCUCCUCCCCUCCUGCUUCCCCUCACACACACCCCGGGCGCCCUCCUCCGUUUAUGCAAAGUCUUGGGACCACUGUGAGCGUCGUGGGCGGAGGUGUGGGCGUGGUGACCGAGGGCGUGAAGGCGGGCAUAGCAGGCCUCAUGAGUCUAGCCGCCCAAGGGUCCGCUCUCCCCACUGAGGGCGGUGGGGUCUUCUCCAUCACUUUCAAUCAGGACUAUUCGUCGCUGGGUGUUGGAACAAGAAUUGGCUACAGACUCUACUCUCUCAGCACUCUGGACAAACUGGAACUCAUCUGUGACAAUGACACCCGGGAGAUGGAGUGUAUAGGUGAGUGUCUGGAGGCAGAGGCGGAAAUUUUGAGCCCUGGUGACGAGGAGGAGAGUUACCCAGGCACCAGUAACGAGGACACCUGCAUUGUGGAGCGCCUCUUCUCCAGCAGUUUGGUGGCGGUGGUCAGCCUGUCGUCGCCGCGGAAACUCAAAGUGUGCCAUUUCAAGAAGAACUCAGAGAUAUGCAACUACAGCUACCCCAACACAAUACUGGGGGUCAAACUGAACAGGGCGCGUCUAGUAGUGUGCCUGGAGGAGUCGCUGUACAUCCACAACAUCCGUGACAUGAAGGUCCUGCACACCAUCAGGGACACACCACCCAACCCAACCGGCCUGUGUGCGCUCUCCAUCAGCAAUGAGAACUGCUUCCUGGCUUACCCCGGCUCAAACACCAUUGGUCAGGUCCAGAUAUUUGAUGCACAGAACCUGCAAGCCAAGAUCAUGAUACCAGCACAUGACAGUCCCCUGGCAGCUAUAUCCUUCAACGCCUCAGGCACCAAGAUUGCCACAGCCUCCGAGAAGGGUACAGUGAUCAGGGUGUUCAGCGUCGGGGAGGGUGCCAGACUUCACGAGCUGCGGCGAGGGAUGAAGCGCUGUGCCACCAUCUUCUCCCUGGCCUUCUCCCCCGACUCACUCUUCCUCUGUGCCUCCUCCAACACCGAGACUGUCCAUGUCUUCCGCCUCGAGGAGAUCAAGGAAACGCGGCCCCCGGUAGUGGAGGAGCAGCAGGGAUUGAUGGGGUGGAUGACGAAGGCUGUGUCUGCAUCCGCCUCGUACCUGCCGACUCCCGUAGCAGACAUGAUGAGUCAAGGUCGCGCCUUUGCCACCGUCACCCUGCCCUUCCAAGGAGUGCGGAAUGUGUGCGCCAUUGCAACCCUGAGUCUCCCUCACAGGAUACAGAAGCAGACUAGGGUGCUGGUGGCCUCCAUGGACGGCUACCUCUACGUGUACAGCCUCAACACCAGCGAGGGCGGAGACUGCACCCUUAUCAAGCAACACAGACUGGAUGGAAACGAGGGGGGGCCUACCACAGGGGAGUGUACUGGGGCCUCCACCGCCACCCCUGGACCUUACCCUGGGGCCGCCAAGAAGACUGAACCAGCAGCUCACACUGAUGGAGGAGGAGGAGGAGAGGGGACGUAUGCAGGAGUACUCAGGGGACCGGCCUCCGUCAUGACAGAAGCGGACAAGAUGAGCGAGAUGGCGGCAGCGUGUGAGUCGCCGCCAAAAAGUGUGUUGAAAUUUGAUGAUGAGAGUGAGUUUCCACCUGUUUAAGGAGGAGGAGGAGGAGAAGGAGGAAGAGAAGGAGGAGGAGGAGGAAGAAGAAGAAGAGAAGGAGGUUAGUUUGUUAUAUCUCCUCUAGUUUUUCUUCCUCUCUUCUUUUCGUUCUUAAUUUGA